AUGGAAAGUGGCAACCAAAAACCAAGAAUCCAGCUAACCGGAUUUAAGAACCAAGAAAAGAAGACCUUAGUAGAAUUGCUUCAGAAACUAGGCUGUGUUUUCUUUGACACUGAGCAAUACAGAAAUUGCACACACCUUAUAGCAAAGCGGCCAUGCAAGAGUGAAAAGUUCUUAGCAGCUUGUGCAGCCGGAAAGUGGAUACUAACUAAGGACUACAUAAUUAAUAGUGCCGAAAGUGGCAGAUGGCUUGAUGAAACAACUUACGAAUGGGGAUAUAAAAUUGAAAAAGGCUCCCAUUAUUCACCUCAAAUGCAAUCUGCACCUAAAAGAUGGCGCGAAGAACUGACACACUCUGGUGCUGCAGGGGCCUUCCACAGAUGGAAAGUUGUUCUCCUUGUUAUAGGAGGUGAUAAACGAAAGGAUUCUUUCAUAAGAAUUCUAGAAGCAGGAAAAGCAAAUAUAUACACAACAUUAAGUGCACCAAAGGAUAUUACUCAUGUGUUAACUAAUAAUUCAGCAUUAAGUGAAGAAAGUGAGAAACAUCUCUUUGGAGCACCAUACUAUCCAGUUCGUUAUUUAGGGAAUUAUCUCUUAGAGAAUGAAAUUAAAAGUGAUAUUGAAAAAUGCCAGGGAAACAAUCUUAAAGCUGAACAAGAAUCGAGAGAGAUGAUGGCCAACGUGCAUCUUGGUGAAAUGAGAAGUACACUAGUAAAGCAUAUUUAUUUUCAACAGGCUAUGCUAAGCAAAUAUACUCAAAUAGACCAAAUGAAUGAGUGCAGAAAAGAGGUGAAAAGUAGUCGUCGUCCUGAAGGAAACAACAGUAUACUUGAAGAACUAAUAGAUGAUCACUUAUUUCCGAUUGCAAUUACAGAAUUUCUCUCUGGGAAAGAUCUAAUUCCUCCUGCUAAACUUCUUCACUCUCUUGUAGAGCACAUACUACAGGAAUGUUCAGACCCUACACUUCCUGUUCAGUUUUUUCACAUCAUGUAUGCUCUACUCCAACAUAAUCCUCCUUGGAAAUCACCUUUCAUGUUAAGAUACUACCUGGAUGUUCUUCAGUGUCCUGUUUGCAUGAGAGGAACAUGGCCUCUGAUUGAGAUGCUUGUGAGAUCCUGCCUUUACUGUGAUGAUAUUUGUCAUUCGGUCCCUGCUCCAGAAACCACAAAUGAAGAAAAAACAUUUCACAAAAGUCUGCUAUUGUUUAUCAUGAAUUUGUUCCAAGCUGAAGUGCUGGCAUUAACAAGAAGUUUAUAUGAAGGAGUUGAUUCACAACAUCUGCAACCUAUGCCAAAGACAGUUCUUCUGAAGACCUUCUGGUUAGGAACUGAAUCAGAUCUUUUCACCAAACGGAUAAAUAUUCUAGUUGACUGGGUCAUAAAAUCCUACAGAGAAAAGUACAAGACAACUGAUGUUUUCAAGCAUGAGGUAGCAGAGCUACUAAAUGGAAUCUUGGGAGCUGUGGUAGAAUACUGGAUCCUUUCAGGGUUCAUAAUUGACAGGAAUAUGUUGCAUCCUGUAGCUGAUGAUCUUGCAUCUUACAUUGCCAUUUCAUGUGAUGAUUUUUCAGCAGAGGAAUUAAAACAUUUCAUUUCUUCCAUUCCAUCUCUGUGGCUUGAAAUGUUUGUUGCAGAAGCAGUCUUAAAAAAAUUAUAUUUCCAUACCAGCACUGUUGUUUCUUCUGAACUGCUCUCUCUCCAAAAAAUGGUUUGUUCCUAUCUGCCUGCUUUACAAGUAGGGAUGCGUGAGACAGGGAAGAUGCAGAAAGCAAAGAAAAAGAAAAUAGGGCAAUGGCCUUGCCCUGAGUCUCAAAGGGCAUUACUGAUGCUAAAUGGUGAUAAGCAGAACCAAGCCGAAGUGCUGCCUGAUGUACCUAUACAAACCGCUGGAAACGCUGCGCGUGUUCCAAGGAUGUUAGAAAACAAAAACAAAGAAAAUUGCCUUUCUUCAUCAACUAAACAGAAGAAUUUGUUGAAGGUUAAUCUUAAAGGAGAGACAGCUCUGCAUAUUGCUUGCAAAGGCAACAAUGUGAAGAAAUUGAUUCAUCUUCUGUCUCUACCAGGAAUGGAUAUUAAUGUUAAAGACUAUGCUGGUUGGACGCCUUUGCAUGAAGCCUGUAACCAUGGUAGCACAGUGUGUGUCCAUGAAAUUUUGCAACAUUGUCCAGAGGUAAACCUGUUCAGUCAAGUGGAUGGGGUAACUCCCUUGCAUGAUGCACUGUCAAACGGACAUGUAGAAAUUGCUGAGCUUCUUCUUCAGCAUGGGGGACCAGUAUUGCUACAACGAAAAGAUUCAGAGGGAAAUCUGCCACUUGAUCUGGUAAAAUGUGAAACAACUAAGCAACGUCUUUUGCAUGCUGCUAAGUUAGAAGAUACAGUUGAAGACUUUCAAGCUCAAGUGGAAAACAAUUUUUAUAAUAAGACAGAAAUUUGGAUCACCUUAUUUUGCAAGAUGUUGCUAAACUUUUGUUCUGUAUAUAACUUAUUUAGACCUCUUUCUGUAACAUUGAAAAAGUUAGGCUGCUCAAAUCCAUUCCUAGUGUCAGAUGAUUGUUGUAAAUUUAAUACUAGCUCUUCUAGCCAUUGGUUUAUAGAUCUUUAUUCUAGAGAGCUUGAAACCUUUAAAGAUCUCCCAGAGUAUCUUCAGAAAACCAUUGAGGAUCUUAAAAAUGGCCCAGAACAACAGAAACAAGCUUUUGCAGCAACACUACAACAAAUUUCAAUGACUGUUCAGAUGUCUAGCUUGUAUUUGGGCAACAAACUUCCAAACUAGCCUUGAUUGUCUAGAAUUGAUGUUCCGUCUUGUUCAUUGUCCUCAGCAUUUAAUGGUAAUAUCUAUGCCUGACAGAUGUACUCUUUCCCACAAGGAAAAUGGUGAAGACUACAUUGGCCCAGUUUAGCCAUAACAGGAAAUUAUGGUUUCCCACUAAGUUAACAAGUUUCAGUGAGCAUCAGGUUUUGCAUAUCAGAGUAGGAUAUCAGAAGCAUCUGUUUCCAGUUGCACAGUAAUCACAGCUCUCUAUGAUGGCUGGACUCAAGGAAUUGUGGUUUAAAUUAUGUUUCCAGAACCAGCCAGGAUCUGACACCAUGACGUAAUCCUGGCUUAUUUUCAGUAACUAUAGUUGGAUUGGCUACCUUUGGUUACAACAGCAGUGAUCACUAAGCUUUUGUAAUACUUUUUAAAGAUUGCAUUUUUAUUUGCAACGUGAUCAAUAUUAGAGUAAAAUAAAUAAUUGUUUGGAAAAAUACCUUGUGCAGUAAGCCAUUCCAGUGGUAUUCAAGCAGGUGCACUUUUUAAAAAGAAAAGUAAAAUACAUUUCUAAAAUGAGUUGUUUAAGAAGUUCAUAACCAUAGUUCACUAACCUUUAUUUCAUUCUUUGGUUUGGAUGUUAAUAAUUCUAAAAAUAUAAUAGCUUCCAAUAUUGUCAGAUUUAGUGCAUAUUUUAUGUCCAACUUCACCCCAGGGCUUUGGUCUACUUUUCCCAUACAAAGUUGGGAAAGUGCAUUUCCUUUGAGAAGGGUAAAUUAGAAAUGAAGCCCUUUUCUCUGCAAUAGAGUGAUGGCAAUGGGUAAUCUCACUAACCUUCCUUUCUACAGAU